CCGUCGACAUCGGGGAAAACGAGCGAGCCAAAGCGAGGCCUGAACGCGCGACGUCGUCCGUCGCGGAAGGCCGAGAGAAGGCACUCUCUUCUCGGCCCGGUCCUUUCGGCGGAGGAAUUCUAGCUGGCGUGGCUCGGCGCGACCGCCGCCUCCACCUUCCUUCCUUCCCUCCACCCGGAGUCCAUUCAGAGACCUCCCUGGAUGGGACGGUCCGCACACACCAUCUGUCUACUCGGUGCCCGGUUCUGCGUGAUAUUUUGUGACUGCCUGUCUGUGCGGUGCUCGGUGCUUUAGCCUGUGCUUCCUCGGCUCCCUAGACCCAUCGAGGAAUAGGGAGGUCGACAUGACCCGGUUGGGAUUGCGAUUCGUCGCAUCCGCAGUCUGCCUGGCCGGGAUUGUUAGUGGGCAAUUAAAUCACACAUCAUGGCUGAAUCCACGACCGGUCGUGCCGCUGGAACGAGGUGAUAUCGGAAGGCCUACAAACGGUAGCGAUGAUGACUACGGCAGUUCGCCAGAUUUCAAAUAUUUAGGCAAAGGGUUUAUUACGGACAACGAAGGAUACGAGGAUGCGGAAAGGCGGAACGGCAGUUUCACGUCUGGUAAUUACAGUCCUGACGAAAGGGCCUAUCCUCCAUUCUUUUGGAACAGAAACAGAAGCGAUCCUCACGGUCAAUCUUCCUCGGGCCGAUUUCCUUACGAUAGAGCAUCGCCGGGCUAUGACAGGUAUCCUGACAGCGGCGGCACGCCAGGAUUCGGAAUUGACGAAAAUCGACCAGGCGGUUACCUCGAUGGUCACGGCGAUUACGAUACAUACAGUGGUGCCGGUGAAAGUGAGCGAGGAGGAAAUUCUGGUGAUUCUUAUAGUAGUAGUUAUGGAGGAACUUAUGGUGCGGGAAGUGCGGAUUCCUAUGGUCGUGGAAGCGGAAGUGCUUAUGGUGGGAGUCGGGGAAGUGGACAAAUUUAUGGCGGCAGUCGUGGAAGCGAUGACGCUUACGGUGGUCGUGGCCGCGGUUAUGGGGGUUACGGUGCCGCUGGAGAUGACGAAAAUUAUCCGAGCAAUUACCAGGUGGUACCCAUGCCUGGAGCACCGCGAAACUGCACCGGAUCAGGAUGCUGCGCGCCCAAGUGUUUCGCCGAGAAGGGAUCGCGGGGACCACCAGGAAUAAUCGGACCGCAAGGACCUAAGGGACAACGCGGAUUUCCAGGAGCAGAAGGUCUUCUAGGAUCCAAAGGUGAGAAGGGAGAUCCUGGUCCACAAGGUCCACACGGUGUGAAAGGUGACAGAGGAAAAAUGGGUAUGCCUGGUUUUCCCGGUAUAAACGGUGUACCUGGAGUACAAGGAUCUCCGGGUUCACCUGGAGUUCCCGGUCGUGAUGGUUGUAACGGAACGGAUGGUGAACGUGGUCGUGAUGGUGUACCUGGAGAACCAGGACCUCGCGGUCUUCGAGGUCUACUCGGACCUAAAGGAGAAAAGGGUCAACCAGCGUAUGCUGGUGCUUUUCCAGUGGGACAAAAGGGUGAACCUGGUAUGGACGGUGUAAGAGGGCCUCCCGGUCCUCCUGGUUAUCAAGGAGAACGCGGUCUAUCUGGUCCAAAGGGUGAACGAGGCCCUUACGGUGCCCCUGGCAUACUAGGUCCUAAAGGAGAAAAAGGAAACAUGGGUCUUGGAUUUGAAGGAUUAAAGGGAGACAAAGGUCAAAAGGGUGAACCAGGACCUCCGGGUUCAACUGCGCCCAUCAUGCCAUUCGUGGGAGGCCCGGAAAUCCACGGAGGUCCACCUGGAGAACCAGGUUAUAAAGGAGAUAAAGGUGAAAUGGGACCAGAAGGACAAAAAGGAGAACCGGGAUUCAUAGGUGAUCAUGGUAUACCUGGAGGAUUAGGACAAAAAGGAGAAAAGGGUCUUCCAGGAGCUCCAGGGAUUCGUGGUAGAGAUGGUUUCUCUGGACCUCCUGGACCUCCUGGACGAAAAGGUGAUCGAGGUAUUGAUGGAUUGGAGGGACUUUCUGGACGACCCGGCAAAAAAGGAGAACCCGGUCGAGAUGGAACGAUGGGUGUUCCAGGUUUACGAGGACCUCCUGGACCACCAGGAGGUGGUAAAGGAAGACCUGGACCACCAGGUCCGAAAGGACCACGUGGUUUUCCAGGACCUACUGGGCCACGAGGAGCAGAUGGUUUCCCAGGAGAUCCAGGACCGAGAGGACCCGUAGGUUUACAAGGAGGUCCUGGAUCGAAUGGAAUUCCAGGUCCAGAAGGUUUGCCAGGAGAAAAGGGUGCAAAGGGUGAGCCUGGCUUGACCGGAUUCCCCGGAGGUCCAGGACCACGUGGAUUUGAUGGACCACCCGGAGCAGUGGGACCUCGAGGACCGCCAGGAGAUAAAGGAUUCUCUAUAAUGGGACCGAAAGGAAUGGAUGGAACGCCUGGCUUAGAUGGAGAGAAGGGUCAAAAAGGCGAACGGGGUUACGCGGGGGUACGUGGUCGACCAGGAGAUUCUCUAGACGGUAUUCCAGGAGCACCGGGUGCACCCGGUGAGCCAGGAGAAGCCGGAGCACCAGGAAGGGACGGUGUACCAGGUCUUUCUGGAGCGUCUGGAGAGAAAGGAGAUAUCGGCGGUCGUUGUAUAGAUUGUAUACCGGGAUUGCGAGGCGCUAAAGGAGAUCGUGGUUUCGAUGGUACACCCGGACUCACUGGUCCUCGAGGACCACCUGGAGAACGCGGUUUCCCUGGAGAAGCUGGAGUGGAUGGUUUGCCAGGCACAAUCGGACCUCCAGGAUCACCGGGAAAAGAUGGUAUACCCGGUGCUCCAGGACCUCAAGGAGAGCCCGGAAUCCCAGCAACCGUGACAUGGAGUAUGCUUAAAUUGGAAAAGGGUGAUAAAGGAGCGCGUGGAGAGCCUGGUCGACAAGGCCCGCCGGGACCAGAAGGACCUCCAGGAGAAAAGGGUAGACCUGGAUUCGAAGGUUUUCCAGGGCUUAAAGGAACGCCAGGAGAUCGUGGAUUCCCUGGACAAGAUGGUGUUCCAGGAAGACCGGGAACGCCUGGACGUAGGGGAGAGAAAGGAUUAAGUGUAAAAGGUGAACCUGGAGAAUCAGGUCGACCAGGAUUUUCAGGACAGAAAGGAGAACCUGGUUUGUACGGACUUAAGGGUGAACCUGGUCAAUGUCCACCACUCGAUCUUAUGAAAGGCUUCAAAGGUGAUCGAGGUUUAACUGGUGACAAAGGAGAACCUGGACCACCUGGCAGGGAUGGAUUACCUGGUGAUAAAGGAUUGCAUGGUUUGUCGGGUCCACCCGGUACACCUGGCCCAAUCGGUGCUCCUGGACCUGUGGGUCCAAGAGGUUUACCUGGUCCGCGUGGUGAUAAGGGUAACAUGGGUCCUAUGGGUUUCCCAGGAGAACCUGGUCGAGAAGGACCUAGGGGUUUCCCAGGUGCUCCGGCUCCGAAGGGUGAAAAAGGAGAACCUGGAAUAUCAGUCAAAGGUAGUCCUGGUCUAACAGGUCCUCCGGGUGAAAAGGGAGAGAAAGGUCUUCCUGGACCACCAGGAAAAGAAGGUCCACGCGGUUAUCAGGGAUUAGCAGGCUUUACUGGCGAAAAAGGAGACAUGGGCCCACCGGGAAUAAAUGGUUUGCCAGGAGCACCUGGUGCAAAAGGAGAUACAGGUCCAAUUGGUCCACCUGGUCCUCCAGGUGCUGCUGGUAUUCCAGGAGCGGAUGGGAUCAAAGGUGAGCCAGGGUUACCAGGAGAACCAGGUAGAGGGGGUCUCCCAGGAUUCCCGGGAGCAAAAGGGGAUCGCGGUGAACCAGGUAUCGAUGGACCAAAAGGAUAUCCUGGCAGACGAGGAUUGCCUGGUAUUGCAGGUAGAUCUGGAGGUCCUCCAGGCCCUUCAGGACGAGAUGGUAUUGAUGGAGCGAAGGGCGAAUCUGGAAAACCAGGCAUUGGCAGGGACGGAUUGCCUGGAUUAAAGGGUGAGUCGGGUGUACCAGGUCGGGAUGGAUUACCAGGAUUCCAAGGUCAAAAAGGUGAUACUGGUGUAAGAGGAUUCCCUGGAAUAAAAGGCGACUAUGGUCCACCGGGUAUACCUGGAGAACCUGGUCCGCCCGGUAUAGACGGACUUCCUGGAGAAGUUGGUGAAAUCGGACCACAGGGAGUACCUGGUUUUUCUGGAAUUGAUGGCGAGAUGGGCCCUCCUGGCCGGCCUGGACUCGAUGGUAUUAAAGGAGACCGCGGUUUACAAGGAGUUGUCGGAUUGCCUGGUAUUCAAGGAGCACUAGGAGAAAAGGGAGAUCGUGGUCCGCCAGGACCUACAAUCCAGAUUAAGGGUGAAAAGGGUGAGCCAGGUAUUCCUGGAUUUUCUGGAGAAAAAGGAGAGAAAGGAAAUCAAGGUGUAAUAGGUCUGUCUGGUUAUGACGGUGAAAAAGGCGAUAGAGGUCUACCUGGACUCGAAGGAUCUUCUGGACCUCAUGGUGCUCCCGGAUCUAAAGGUGAACAAGGACCUGCUGGUAUUCCUGGAGUUCCUGGAGUUACGAUAAAGGGCGAGAAAGGUUUGCCUGGUCUGUUAGGUAAGCACGGUAGAGAUGGAUUUCCAGGACGACCUGGUGAGAAGGGUGAGCCAGGAUUACCUGGUUUGCCUGGACCAAAAGGAGAUAUUGGUCCUUAUGGGCCAGUUGGACCUCAAGGUGAAAAAGGUGAUCAAGGGCCACCAGGUCUGACUGGACCUCCAGGACGCGAUGGCAAUUCAGGUCUCGAAGGUGUACCUGGAUCACCUGGUGAGAGAGGUCAGAAGGGUGAGCAGGGACCGCCUGGAGUAUUCGGUGCCCCAGGACAAAAAGGAGAAUCCGGUUUUCCAGGACCAAAUGGAUUGGACGGACCUCAAGGAGAAAAAGGUGAAAGAGGUUGGGAUGGUGUAAAUGGUCUACCUGGACCAAUUGGUCAAAAGGGUGAUAGAGGAUAUCCUGGUACAGUUGGAUCAAUGGGUGCGGUUGGUUACGAAGGUGAGAAAGGUGAAAAGGGUGAAGACUGUCUCGAACCGCCAAUGGGACCUAAAGGAGAUCGCGGAUAUCCUGGUCCGGCCGGAUCACCUGGUCCUCAGGGAGAAAAAGGAAUUCCAGGUCCGCCCGGUUUCCCUGGCAUAGAUGGUAUUAAGGGCGCGCAAGGUUUUAUUGGUCCACCGGGACCUCCUGGACUAUCAGGAUUACCCGGACCUGUUGGCGCAACUGGUUUACCGGGUCUUCAAGGUCCCGUCGGUGCGCCAGGACUCAUCGGCGAGCCCGGUGCACCUUGCGAAACGACACCUGAUUAUCUCACCGGUAUCCUUCUGGUUAAACACAGCCAAAGUCAAAGCGUACCGAUUUGCGAACCAGGCCACAUAAGACUCUGGGAGGGAUACAGCUUGCUCUACACUGACGGCGAUGAGAGAGCGCACUCUCAAGACUUAGGUUACGCCGGCUCGUGUGUAAGAAAAUUCUCAACGAUACCCUUCCUGUUCUGCGACGUCAACAACGUCUGCCAUUACGCUAGUCGCAAUGAUCGUUCUUAUUGGCUAUCUACCAAUAGACCAAUUCCCAUGAUGCCCGUCGAAGAGGCGGCGAUAGAAGAAUAUAUCUCCAGAUGUGUGGUAUGCGAAGUUCCGGCCAAUGUGAUAGCGGUACACAGUCAAACGAUAAGCAUUCCAGAAUGUCCGGCGGGAUGGACCGGUCUUUGGAUCGGUUAUAGUUUUGUAAUGCAUACCGGUGCAGGUUCCCAGGGCGGCGGCCAGUCUCUGUCGAGUCCUGGUUCUUGCCUGGAGGACUUCCGCGCCACACCGUUCAUCGAGUGCAAUGGCGCCAAAGGACACUGCCAUUACUAUUCUAAUCAGUACAGCUUCUGGAUGGUGACCAUAGAAGACGGCCAGCAGUUCAGGAGCCCCGAAAAACAGACCCUAAAGGCGGGUAAUCUUAGAUCCCGAAUAAGUCGCUGCCAAGUUUGUAUAAAGAAUACAUAAAACGUACGUGCCACCCUUUACACAUAAAACACAUACAUGCACAUACACAUACAUAUAUAUUUGUAACAACAUACACACAUGACAUACAUGCAAUACACUUCUUUUUCUCCCUUUUUUUUUUACACGAGAUCGAAGCGAAACUAUCAUUACGAAUAUAAAUGUGCAGUGAUUGAAACCGAUACAAUUUCAUCGAGUACAGUGUCUCGACAUUAGAGAUUCCACUCGGAAAUAAUCUCUAUGUUUAUUCGAGAUAAUGAAAAUUCGUUCGAUUCGCGCGGGAUACAUUUUGUCGCGUCUCCGUAGCACGGAAAAUUGAACUCAUCGGAAUUGUGCUGGUUCCAUUCUCUGAUAACAAGGAAGAAAAGAGCGGUAACGUCUCGCGAAUGGUACGACGGAACGGAAGUUCAGAUGACAUCGUCCGAUCCACGUCAACGAUGUUGAGAAAUAAAGAGAACGGACGUAUCCUUCUCUCCUGUGAUUCCCUCUGCCUCAAACGUGUUCCGCAGCCACGUCUUGUCCUCAUUAUUUCCUGCCUUCUCGCCCCUCGUUGUCAGGACGCUCCCGACGCUCUGGAUAGUUUCUUUUUCCGAGAGCCACCCUUCUCAUUCGUUAUCUGCUCUUUUAUCCUCACGCUUCCUCUCUUUCGCCAUAUGUGUUUUCUUCUUUUUUAUAUGUAUAACUAUUCAAGCAAGUGCCUUUAUAGCGUACUCUAUUCUAGCAUGUAAAAUAAUAUAUAUUUAUAUUCUCUCGUAUGAAUCUCGUAUUGAAGUCUAAGUUUAUCGUACCACCACGGACACUGCCCAUAUCCAAUAUGGCACAUUUUACAUAUUGUAUAUUAAUAUAAACGAUCUUAGCCUGGUAAUCGUGUGACGCCAAAUAUUUAAAUAAAUAGGUAUUUUGCUACGUAGCUAAUAAAAUUCUAUUUUCAAACUUCA